CCCUGCUCCCCAACUGAGGCUUAACAGGUUGGUGGUAUAAUUUGGAGACUUUCAGGGGUGUCACACUGGAAGCUUAGCAAGAGCCCAAGGCAUCUUAUUCUACUCCCAGACAUUGAACGGCUGGGGUUGAAAAGCUAGCCAGUGAGGGAAGGAAGGAGCUGGAGGCAAAGAAGGUGGGCAAACGGCUCUCAGCAAAGUUUGAGAGGGUUCUACAGCCAUGAGCGAACUGGCCACACAGAAGGCUGGUGAAGGCGCUGUGUCUCGCCUGCUCAAUGUGGUGGAAAGUGAGCUUCAGGCAGGGAGGGAGAAGGGAGAUCCUACAGAGAAGCAACUUCAGAUCAUCCUGGAGGAUGCUCCCCUCUGGCAGAGAUUCAAGGAAGUCACUAAUGAAAUGAUCGUGACCAAGAACGGCAGGCGGAUGUUCCCUGUCCUGAAGAUUAGCGUCACAGGACUGGACCCCAAUGCAAUGUACUCUCUCCUGUUGGACUUCGUCCCGACCGAUAGUCACCGCUGGAAGUAUGUCAAUGGUGAAUGGGUACCGGCAGGCAAGCCAGAGGUCUCCAGCCACAGCUGUGUCUACAUUCACCCCGACUCCCCCAACUUUGGGGCUCACUGGAUGAAAGCUCCCAUCUCCUUUAGCAAAGUGAAGCUGACCAACAAGCUCAAUGGAGGUGGGCAGAUAAUGCUGAAUUCUCUGCAUAAAUAUGAACCUCAGGUUCACAUAGUGCGCGUUGGGGGCGCCCAUCGAAUGGUCAUGAAUUGCUCAUUCCCUGAAACUCAGUUCAUCGCUGUGACUGCCUAUCAGAAUGAGGAGAUAACGGCUCUGAAAAUCAAGUACAACCCUUUCGCCAAGGCCUUCUUGGAUGCCAAGGAAAGAAACCACCUCAAGGACAUUCCAGAGGCCGUCUCCGAGAGCCAGCAUGUGACCUACUCUCACUUGGGAGGCUGGAUCUUUUCCAAUCCGGAUGGCGUGUGCACGGCAGGAAACACCAAUUACCAGUACGCUACGCCUUUGCCUCUGCCGGCUCCCCACACACACCAUGGCUGUGAGCACUACUCUGGCCUCCGAGGACAUCGGCAGGCCCCCUACCCUACUGCCUACAUGCAUAGGAACCAUUCUCCGUCAGUGAAUUUGAUAGAGAGCUCAAGCAGCAAUUUGCAAGUUUUCUCGGGACCUGACAGCUGGACCUCCUUAUCCUCCACACCCCACGCCAGCAUCCUGUCUGUACCCCACACCAAUGGGCCAAUCAACCCAGGGCCCAGCCCCUAUCCGUGCCUGUGGACCAUCAGCAAUGGAGGUGGGGGCUCUGUGGCAUCAGAGGUGCACGCCAGCACCUCAGGAACAUUUCUCCUUGGGAAUCCUGCUGUUACUUCACCUCCCUCUCUGCUCCCCACCCAAGCAACCACUUCCGCUGGUGUGGAGGUCUUGGGCGAGCCUUCACUCACCAGCAUUGCCGUGUCCACCUGGACAGCCGUGGCCUCACAUCCCCUCCCAGGCUGGGGUGGACCAGGUGGAGCUGGGCGCCAUUCCCCCUCUUCAUUGGAUAGUUAGGCGGGAAUCCUAGGGGGCCGCUGCAAGCAGAGAACGGUCUGCAUGUGUGUGCAUAGCGACCUCAUUGCUGAGUCCAGGGAGUUAAGCUGCAGGGUCUCUUCACGCAGAGGCCUGGAGGGGUGCAUGGUGAUGCCCAAAAGCCUCCCGAAAGCGGUUUCGUCUGGAUGAUGCUGAUGUCGCUACUUGUGUCUCUCACCAUUUCCUGUGGUUCUCCUGCUUUCCCUGAGUUUGUUCAUCUUUCGCCACGCUUAGGUCGCAAAGUCAGCUUUGUCUAGGUGCCCUCCUUGCGCCCUGCCCUUUACUCUCAAGCAGUUCUGGAAGCCUCACUUUCUUUUUUCUGGAGUCGGUGCAUGGUGUUGAGGAGAGCUCAAAUUUUGCCUAUUGAGGCUGCUGCUGCUUAGCUUUGUGCAGCCUUGGAAAGAAUGCAUGGCCCUAAGAUCCCAGAUGGCUUCUGUGGUGAGACCUAGAGCCCAUAAUGUUGACAACAGCAAG